GAGAGCUCGCUUGAAAUUGCUCCUACACAGUAUCAUUGACGGUCUUUCGUUUUCUUCGCUGCAGCAAGUCGGCCUGUUGGCGGUGCUGAGGCACUGUCUGUUGGCGGGUGCAUAGAGAGCCGAACUUCCAGGAAAUGGGCGGGGCACGGUGCUGCGUAUUGCUGCUGCUUACGGCGGCCGUGAACUGCGACCGUGCGUAUGACGUGGAGAAAGCCACCCGUCUGGGAAUAGUCGGAGGGAAUCGCCUGAAUGUGCUUGGGCAGAAGGUGGAAGAGUACCGCGGCAUACCAUUUGCCCAGCCCCCCGUAGGCAGGCUCCGAUUUCUUCCACCUCAGCCAGUGAAGCCUUGGGAUGGAAUCCUGGACGCAACAAGCAGGCGGACGGCUUGCCCGCAGGUGGUGUUCAGCAAACUUAUGGCUGGUGAGAUCGACUACACCGAAGACUGCUUGCACCUAAACGUCUGGAGUCCUGCUGCUCACGAAGAAGACCUAGUUCCAGUAGUGGUGUGGAUUCACGGAGGUGGCUUCACGCAGGGAUGCGCGAGCUACGAUAACUACACUGGUGCUGCACUUGCGGCCAAGACUGGCUUCGUUGUCGUCUCAAUGAAUUAUCGCCUGGGAAUUCUAGGCUUCCUUGACGCAAACAGCCCAGAAGCACCGGGAAACAUGGGUCUAAUGGACCAGAGUCUCGCUCUCAAGUGGAUACAGGAGAAUAUUCGCGAGUUUGGUGGUGACCCGUCAAGAGUGACUAUAUUUGGAGAGAGCGCUGGUGGGAUGAGCGUCCAUGCCCACGUACUGUCUCCCAUGAGCCGCGGCUUGUUUCAAAGGGCAUUUAUGAUGAGCGGAACAAUGCACACCCUGGACUUCUUUGAUGCCACCCAUGAGAGUAUUAGCAAAGGCGACCGGGUUGCAGCUAUCGUAGGGUGUGCAGGUAGGGACGACAGCCUGGCAUCCAACGCAGAAACCAUUAUCGACUGCCUAAGAACAAAAAGCGCGGAUGAGAUCACAGUCGCUGCCGCCGAAACCCUAGCACCUAAAGUAUUUUACUUCUUUCCAACUUACCACAACGAGUUUCUCCCUAAGGUGCCCCCUGUCGCCAUCAGCAAGGGAUUCGUUCAUUCUGUGGACAUUUUACAGGGAGUUACUGAGGAUGAAGGGGUGCUUUCUCUCAUAUAUCCUCUUAGAAGCGAGCUACUUCCAGAUGACGUGGAAGACAUUGACGACAAAAAGUUUAGGCAAUCUCUCCACGAAGGCGUAUUCUCCUGGCUCAAGAUGGACUUUCCCGAAAUGUUGGAGAAGUAUACAGCAAAGGCCCAUGACAAGGCGUCCUUGAGGCGCGGCUACGUUGACUACCUUUCCGACUCUGUUUUUGUUUGUCCCAUGCACUUCACGGCGGAGAAGCAUGCCGACCGUGGUCAGAAAGUGUAUUCGUACGUGUUUGGUCACAAGUCAGCUAAAAGUCCACUUUUUACCUGGAUGGGGACACCACAUGCAUUUGACAUAAACUACGUUUUCGGAGCUCCCCUCACUGAUCAGGAACGUUUCGAUGACGAAGACGCUGUGGUGUCAGAAGUUAUAGUGACAGCGUUGAAGUCGUUUGCGGCGAAUGGGGUCCCCGAGCUACCAAUGAAGAAACCAUGGCCUAAGUAUACCCCUGACAAUCCGGUUUCUGUGUACAUCGAUUACCAAAACAUCACAGACAUCAAGGGAUUUCGGGAAGAGCAAUGCGGGCUAUGGAGGUCUUACCUGUAGGGCCGGGAAGACUUUCAACAGCUUAUGUUCGAGGCUGUUUUCCUCCAUCAAGGGUGCUUCUUUACCGCAUCGUGUUGUAUGUAUCUCAAAACCAUAUCUCUUCAAAACUUAUAUUUUUAAAUUUUCUUAUUCCUUUGUUUAUGAAGUACCUAACAAGGAUUCUGGGCCUCUGACGAACGA